GGAGGUAGGCGGCGUUUUAAAGAAGGACACCCGAUAUAGGAGGCAUUGUACUCGUCGAACGAACCAGCGUCAGGCGCUGGUUCCAGGUGCUGGAGGGCAGUCGUGGCGGAUUACUCGCGACGAGUCAGGGCACAGUAGUGGUACGUUGCCUGCACUUCCUCUUCUGCUGUUGGCCGUUCAGGUGUCAUCCCGCAGCGAGCGCGUCGCGCAACUAUUCGCACGAGUGAACCACAACCGUCUCCUUUCUCUCUUGUACCUCCUAUCUCUCUCUCUCUCUCUCUUUUCGUCUCUCUUUCGGGUACCAUAAAGGUUCUCUGUGGGCUGGAGGCGUGGGAGGCGAGGAGAGAAAGAGAACGGCGGGCGACAAAGAAAGAGCGAGCAACAGAGAGAGAGAGAGAGAGAGAGAGAGAGAGAGAGAGAGACGACGAGAACUUCCUCUUGGUGGGUACUCUCGCGUGUCAUCAUCCGCGCAGUGUCAUAAACACCGUGGCAGUGUGGCACCGUCAGUGGGUCGACUCAUCGUGGAUCCGCACGCUCGUCUCGGGGACACUGGAGCGGUGGAGCAAGAUCGCGCGAGUAAGAUCAGUCGCCGAGAGGGAAACCCGUUUUUGUGGACGAUCCUCCGAGAUCCUGACUGACGCGAGAGGAUAGAUCGCGGGUUCAGGUACGCGGAAACGUGGUGGGACAGACAUCUAGCGAUCGAGCGAUCGAGCGAUCAAAUGAUCGAGUGAGUAAGCGAGCGAGCGAGGACACGAUCGGCCUGGAAUCGGAGAAAUGUGUCUCAAGCUGUGUCACCGCACGAUGACGGAAACGCGAUGAGAUCGCAGCGGCCGUCCCGGCGAUGGAAAAUAGAAGGACGCACGCAAAGGGAGCGGAGGCGGCCUAUCAGUUUCGAAGAUUAAAGGGAACUUUUUCAUCGCGUAAUCCUCUUCUAAGCUGGAACGGGUAUCUCGCUUUCUACGGGUGAACCGUGCGACCGCGUUACUGUGCGGCGUUGCAGCGCGAUUUCACGCAAGUCCGCGUAAGAGUCGCCGAAGCGUGAUUCUCGUCGUGUAUCUGCGGCGGUUCUGGAAUUCAACGUCCAACGCUGGCUCCAGGGUGGAACCCUCGUUCCCGAUACAAACGGCAAUUUUGAUCAAGGGAGACGAGAAGGAGGAUUCGCGGGAAAACUACGGGAAAUGCCGAUCCCGCGGAGAAUCGCGGUUGGAAACACAUGGAGUAACUCGGAGGCUUGUAAUAAAUAAAAUUACACGGGUGAAUAAGGGAGGAAUCUGUCCCCCGGAGGGGCCGCCACGAGGGCUCGGUUCUAUAAAAAUCCGGCUGCGUCGACGGGCACGAGAAGAAUCCUCUGAGGGGGACGAAUCUCCGAGGGGGCGCGAUAAAAAAGAGAAGACAAGAACACACGAGCGAAUAGGAGCGAGACGCAAAGGAGAGGCGACUGCAGCGGUGGAGCUCUUAAGAAAAUGCCCAAGAAGACUCGGGCUAUCAAUUAGGCUAAUCUGUCUCCAAGAUUCUCGAAACUUUAAUUUCUCGCAGGGACACAAGUGGGGCGAUAAGGUGCUCGACUGCGCCCUGAGGGCCCGAGCGCGAGCGUCUAAUUGGCUUUAUCUCCAAAGACCCCUAAAUACAAAGAGCCCAAGUGCAUCAAGAGGUUGGAGGGCUCCUGGUACCACGAGACUCUUGGACAGCCCGGAACGGUGUCUGGGAGCGACACGUAAUUUAUCUUGAGAAUCCCAAAAGACGUUCAUUUUUUUCGCUAUUUAAGAAUUUAAAAAAUUUCUCAUCAAGAAAAACACCUUCGGAAGUAACUGAAGAUCCAACGAGCGCAAUCAUACUAGCAGAAAGAGGAAGAAAGAGAAAUACAUUGAAAAGGAGCGUCCAAAACCAAUACCAACAAUUCUCCGCACGCCUCCGCGACGAACGAUUCCGGAAACAAAGGAAACGCGGGAAAACGAGCUUCGGCGUGGACGGUGCGAUCACCUCUCAGGGAUCCUGCGUCUUGCUGCAGUGCGGGGAAGGCGGAAGAUCAAGGGAAGCGAGCGAAGAGGCCGGCGGGCGGAGACGCGGGAGGGAACGAUCUGACACAACAAUAACGGCGCGACGCACACGCGGGAAGGUCGAGCCACGUGAUAUCUCGGUGUUUGGACGCCGACGUCACUCAGUUAUCGGCGGAUUAUUAAGCAGAUCGAUUGACGCUCGCGACUUUGCGCGAGGAGGUAUCGUCGGGCGUGUGUGCAACAUUGUGUCCUGGAGCAAGUGGAUCCAUCCGCGUGGUGUGACGCCUCCUGCGCGUCGGAGGAUGGCGAGGGCCCGCGUGUGAGGCCGAAGACCACCACCCCGCAGCGUCCUCGUCCUGGUGAAGACGUGUCUCGAGUGCCUUGACGAGCCCUCUUCGAGUUUGUAGACUAGCGAGAACCACGAGGUCAUCAUGGAUCCGCUGAAGUUGAAAAUGGCUCCCGCAGGUGUACCUUCGUCAACCGGUGGCCUGCCACCGGCCGUAGGGCCUGCUCUCACUGGCAUAUCAUUUUUCGGAUAUAAAGGGAGCUGGCGAAGGACAAUAAUCUCAGCCAUGGCCUUCCUCAUCGCCUUCUGUACCGCUAUGACCAUGCUUUUGAUUUGGAGCGAGGUCACGGAUCAAAGGAGACUGGCGUUCGACGCAAACAUGACCAGGGACUACGUGCUCGACAGCGUCUCGAUGGACAAUCCGCAAUUAGUCGCGUACAUACGGCAGGUGCAUCUGAAACCGACGACUCAUCAGGACCCAUUGAACGCCACGCAGACGUCGGAGGAGAAGUACGUCACGACGCUGUCGCAAGGCAAGCGCGAGGGUGUCUACGCCGAGUACAUCAGCAGGAUAGGCGCGAUUUCUAGCACCGCUUGGCUCGAGUCCAAUCUGAGCUGGCGUGGUGUCCUGAUACUCACCGAGCCCAAGAACUUCUUCGAGGCGCAGAAGAGCACGAGAAAUUCGCGAUCGAGGGUCCUCCAUGCCUGCCUCAGCACUGACACGGAUACCAAAGAGAUUAAGUAUCACCAGGAGUCGGAGGUGCAGGUGACCAAACUGGGCGAUGGCCCCAACAGCCUCGUGUCCUCGGAUGAAGGCUUUCCCACCACCAGGCUCAAGUGUUUUCCGCUCUACAGCGUGUUGUUGGCGUACAACGCCACGAUUUUGGAUUACCUGAGUCUGGACAGUCCGGAUGCCCCCGAUGGUCAGGUGCUCGACACCAUCCCCUGGGACAUCAUAAGAAUAUCGAUACUGUCGAUACGCUGGAGCCCCCAUCACAGCGAGGCGGAGACGAAGAACUUCAUCGACAAGAUGACCGGCCGGAGAUACAAGCUCGUGCACAAGACGGACACCGGAAAGUGGAUUUUCCUGUACAAUACUCUGCUUAAGAAUUGAUUUCUUGACUCAGGUUAACGCGAUAGACUGGUCUGCGCCCGUGUCGCAGGAUAAAACGUAUAAUUUAAGCGACUAGCGAAUACCAUUGAUCCCCCGUCCUCCCAAAUACGCUUUUGAUCUCUCCCUAAUAUUUUAUUCGCCGUCUGGGAAUAUUUCUCGCGAUCAAAAGCGCGAUAUCCCGCCGUAAGCCGAUCUCGCGCGAGGAUGACUCGUUGCGCUGUAAUAUUGGCAACCCCCGGCAGUGACCGAUCGCUGAAUCAGGUGUUUCAUUAUCAAUCCCGUGCACCCUUGCGAGAUGCGCUCGACACUCCAGAGGUAAGUCUGUCCCCCCCGCGGUUCUCGGCAUGAUGCUACCCGCGCGAUAUCUUGGCACGAGGCUAGCUGAUGACGAUCAUCGACUGAUGACUGAAUCCCGGGGGACUGAGUUCACAAGUUUUGAUGGAAACCGGAACUGGACUAUAUGUUGGACGGCUCGACGAUUCAGAGACUCGAGAGUCAAGAUCAUAGUCCGGGAUGCAAGAUCCUGAUCUGAGAAACACUCGUAGCUUCUGAGAUCAGAAAUGAGAAUAUAAUUCAAGGGACUCGUAGCUUCAAAGUUCUGUGAUUUCAAAUUAUGGUUUAACUCUUGAAGAUCCUCCUUUUUGUGGAUUUCUUCGAAUUACCUCGAAUCUUUCAGACAUGAUUUCUGUGCACGAGCUAUUUCUACGAUCUGCGUCUGAGGACUCCAAAUUUCGUGGACUUCAGGAACCAAGGAUUCAUGUCAUCCGCGCAUGUUCGCGAUAUCUGCGCGUCAAUCAGUUAAUCAAUCAGUCAACGCGGGAUGAACAAUCUCUCACCAAGUGACACUCGGAGAAAAUACAGCGACGUCGCACUUUACGCGCUUUACUUAUUAUAUUAAUUUGGCGGUCGUUAUGGCGGAAACGCGUGGUCCACGUGCGAGUAAAUUUUCGUCCGCUCAAAUCCGCUUCAGAUACGUGACACGUAUUGAUAUGUCUUAUCGUGAGAUAUUACGGUUCUUUCUUUCCUUCUUUUUUUUUUAUUUCUUCUCCCUUUCAGUUGUAGCUUACGUGUGUGUGUUCGAUCAUUACCGACGUGCCGAAGACACAGAGUUUCUUUUAAUUAUUUCCGUUCGUGCAACGCGUACAAUAAAGACUGAGAUCUCGCAGGACACGUUUCCUCCGCUAUGUUCCGAUUUCCGCGCGAAACUUCGACGAUGGCUCUUGAAAGUCGCGCAAGUGACUGAUUAAUUACUUAAAUAUUUUCAAUUCGGCAAUUACUUAAAUAUUUGUAUGAUAAGAACAGGGGAAGUAUCUAGAUUAAUUGAUUCACGGUGGAUCAAAAGAGAAAUCAGUAGUUUGCACCGUUUGGCCCGCGUUCACCGCCUGAUCGUUUCCUGCUGCGCAUUUAUCAUUUCUUCGUUCCUAUUCUUGAUGAAAUGAGAUGAAUCGAUUCGAUACGGAAAAUGGCAAACGUUCUUCAGCGAUAUUUUUAAACAAAGCUUCACCUUCACUCCUUGCUGCGCGAGUUCUUCGCUCGAGUGGAGCGUAACGUGAGACUACUUUUAUAUAAGAAAAAAAUAAAUAAUAUUAUAUACAAAUAGUAAUAAAUAAUAAAAAUACAAAAAAGCUACUGGGACCGCAGUGGAAGGCGAGAUAUUAAUUCGUCCGCGGUUGAGCCAAUUAACGCAACCCCCUCAUACAACCAGUGAUAUCCCUCGCUCACAUUUCACCACGAGGUGAAAUUUGUUAAUGCAAAUGGAACCCUUGCGCCAUGGAAACCACGUCGGUUACUCGAAGCUCGCAAGAAAGAUCCGGAGGGAUCCUCAGUGCCCCAUCUAUCCGAAACUUCCAGAUCGUCAGGACAUGGGGAGAACCCGAUAAUUCAGAGACCCAGGAGACCUGUCGCUUAAUGGCCCGUGGAAAUCUGAUAAAUCCGAUUCCAAUAAAUCCCGCUCAGCCGCGGAGGAGUUGAGAGUUCGAGUGUCCGAAUUCCUCUCUCCGGGGGCACACCACAAAACACGGGAUGACUCACUUUCCCUCACGCGAUUUUUACGGUAGCACGUUUUAACUUUAGGAUAGGUGAGCGAACAGCGAGCGUUUUUACGAUAGAAAAGCGUCGAUUUUUAUUUUUAAGGGGCGUUGCGCGCGCGCAGAGCUGCACGCCAUAUGCGUCCGUGCGUGUCGUAGUGAUAAGCAGAUGAAUUAAUUCCGACGGUAUUUUUUCGAAGGUUCUGCAUCAACGUUGCACGAAAUUUCGAAAGAGAAAAGUCUCGUUUCCGUCGAGCUCUCUUCUUUCUCUCUCUCUCUCUCUCUAUCUCUCUAUCUAUAUCUUUCUCUCUUUUUCGUCUCUUCGUGACACUUAUUUGGAUAACGAAUCGACCGAUAACGAAUAGAUCUGAUGAUCUGUGAUCAAGUGAUCCAUUCGUUAUCGGUUAGAUCUGAAAACUGAACAUCUGUACUACUUAGCGUCACACACGUGCGACGAGAAGAAUGGGGACUUGAAUACUUAAGCACACGAGCCUUAUUAGUGCGUAAGAUAAUAUUUUUCUUGAAACAUUCUACACAUUCUACACAUAUACCUACACACGCAGAUACAUACACACAAUACACAUGCGAUUAAACGUUGAUAAGUAACGAUAAGUAACGCGCAAGUGGUUCUCGCGUUCGUCAAGCUACAGCACUGUGAUGAAAAAUUCACACACGGAGUAUAUUUUUGUCAGGUAUUUAUUUAUUUAUGUUCAUCGUAAAUUAAGAAAUUGUGCGAACCGGAAUUCCAGAAGAAAUCUAGCUGCUCUUGCUGAUUAAUCUAUAAUUGUCUGCAAUUAAACGAAUAUGUGUGAGAAGCGUCUUUUCGGCGAAGAAUAAUUAGUUUUAUUGAAUCGCGAAUUUUGUAGCUUCUAAUAUUCUCAUUUCGAUUGGCGAAAGGUUAUCGUUUAUCAACACUCGCGUAAUUUGCACAUAGUUGUAUAAUAAUUAAAUUUAGACUUGAAGUAAGAUAAAAGCAAUACCUUUGCGUUGAUCGAAUUUCAAUGAUAAUUCUUGAACAGUGCGAGAACUGCUUAUGUGCUCACGCACGUUAACACUCAUGAACAUUAAAACUCAUGAAUUAUAUGUAGGUAACUCUUACUUUGUCAAAAUUGUCUUUAAUGUUAAACGUGCGACUUUUGACUCGACAUUUCCUACUGAUGCGUUAUUGCGAUACUAUACAGUUUAUUCAUUAAAAGCACACACGUUCAACGACAGUUACUUAAUAAAUCCGAUAUUGUUUUUUUACAUCAGUCAUUCACUCAUUGCGCCGAUAUCGUCGUGUUAUUUCGUUUAAUCUCUCUCGCAAUACUCGCAGCAUUUGAAUUCGCGAGCAGUACAAUAUUUCCGAAACGAAUAUCUCUUUUUCUGGCCAUCAAAGAAUUCGGUCACGGAGCUUUAUGAUUUGAGGACUGAAAGAUGCGAAAGAACCUGAAACUUCACGGCUUCGUGGAUCCAAGAAACUCGGUUGCAAAGCAGAUUCUCUUAAAUCUUUUGUAGCAGAAAAUCUCGUAGCAGAAAACAGAAAUGUUCAUGUCCGGAAUCAAUUUGUAACUCGGAAUGUAAAAAAUAUUGAAUUAACUUUUGAUACUUUUUAUUAAGCAGAUGGGAAACUUUAUAUUUGAAAAUUUCUCAUAUUCCAGCUGUAAUAUUAUAAUUAUCAAGAACUACAAUAACAAUUUGGAACAACGAUCCCGAUCAGUACACAAAAUCUCGUUCCCAUUUCAUGCGUUCUGCGUUAAAAUCUUGAUAAAUCACGCGAAUUAUUUGAUUUCAAGACUGCCACUCAUCCGCGUAAUGUGCACUGACGCGAUUUCGUUCUUUAUUUAUAAGAAUAAUCUGCUUGCCUCGCGCUUAUCGAAAAUCAUUCCAUGACUAUUAUGACAUUGACUCGCACACUCCUCUCUUUCUUUCCGCCAGUGUCUAUACGCAAGUAUCUACUUCGUUGCAACAUGUGUUUCGAGAGAUUUUUCGCUUUUUUAAUUUUUUUUACAGCUCCUUGUAACCCGUACUUUUGACGUGUCGAACCGCCGUUCCUGCGAAGAGCGGCGGUUCCUUCCGAGAGCAAUAAAUUGGAAUAUUAUAUU